UCGAGGUCCGCGUGGGGUAGCGGCUGGUGGACAUGCUCUGCUGGGCCCGCUCCUGGAGGCGCCCCCACCGGGGGCUCGCGUCCUCCAGUCCCAGCUUCUCCAAGGUGCCCGUCGCACUCAGCAGCAGCGACCGAGGCGGCGCAGAGUCGAGGCCGGUGCAGCUCUCCUACAAGCUUCUGGACGGGGAGGCGGCCUGCCCUGCCCUCGUCUUUCUGCACGGGCUCUUCGGCUGCAAAACCAACUUUAACUCCAUCGCCAAGGCCCUCGCCCAGCAGACUGGCCGGAGAGUGCUGACAGUGGACGCUCGAAACCAUGGCGACAGCCCCCACAGUCCAGAUAUGAGCUACGAGGCCAUGAGCCAGGAUCUGCAGGACCUCCUGCCCCAGCUCGGCCUGGUACCUUGUGUCCUCGUUGGUCACAGCAUGGGAGGCAAGACAGCCAUGCUGCUGGCACUACAGAGGCCAGAGAUGGUGGAACGUCUGAUUGCUGUAGAUAUCAGUCCAGUGGAGACCACAUCUGUCUCAGACUUCUCUACCUACAUGGCAGCCAUGAAGGCCGUAAGCAUCCCAGAUGAGGUGCCCCGCUCCUCAGCCCGCAAACUGGCUGAUGAGCAGCUCAAACCUGCUAUCCAGGACAUAUCUGUGCGGCAAUUCCUGCUCACCAACCUGGUAGAGGUGAAUGGGCGCUUUGUGUGGAGGGUGAAUUUGGAUGCCUUGGCCCAGCACAUGGACAAGAUCAUGGCUUUCCCACCACAACAAGAGUCCUACCCUGGGCCAGCUCUCUUUCUACUGGGUGGAAACUCCCAAUUUGUGCGUCCCUGCCACCACCCUGAGAUUAGGAGGCUCUUCCCUCGGGCCCAGAUGCAAACAGUGCCUGACGCUAGUCACUGGAUCCACACUGACCGCCCGCAGGACUUCAUGGCUGCCAUCCGAGGCUUCCUGGCCUGAGUUUCUGGUAAGAGGGGGUCCAAAACCCCAGGCUUCAAGACCCUGCGGCCUGCUCCACAGUUCUGCGCAGAAGCACUCAGGCAGGCACUGAGAGGGCACAAGACUGCAGGGGUUGUCAUACCUCCUGCUUUAAUGAAUAAAGACGCUGCUCCCAAAGUCCUGGGCUAAGCACUUUCACCACCAGCGACCCCGGGAGAAUUGAUACCAGGGGGCCCUGGCAGCUCCAGGGUUCAUGGGGGCUGUCACACUGCCCCUGGACUCCCUUUGAAGCUGACUCUCCACCUGCUGCCUCACCAGCUGCUGCAUGUCUUCCUGGAGGAGGAGAGCAAGUUCAGGGACUGACCCUGUACCCAUUCCCUGCGCCCCCCAGCCCAGCUGGCACACCCACCCUACCUCCCAGGCCUCCACCUCCUGCCUCAGUUUCAGUUUCUCCUCCAAGACCUCCAGCAGCUGGGCCUCCACAGCUCGCAACUUGGCUCUGCAGUUGUCCAGCUCAGCCUCCACCGCUUGCUUCCUGCAGGUGGUCAGGAGAGUAGCCUGAGGCUCUGGACCUGCAACCUGGUUAUGGGCCCACAGGGUAGCAGGUGCCGCCAAGCCCCUGCCUCAUGACAGUGAGUCUAUGCGGCUCUCCUUCCGGGGACUCCCCCACCCUCUAGCAAGACAGACUCCUGAGGGUGAGCCACCCCUGCCCUUCCACCCCACCCCUAAAGCAGCUACUGCUUCUCACUUGGCGAUGGCUUCAUCUCGCUCCUGGAGGACUUGGUCCAGUGAGAGCUCUGUCCGGGUGUCCCCCAGUGCUCCAGCCACUUGGGAUUCUGGGGUCUGUUUUAGUGACAAGAAGAGGGAGCAGUAAUCUGGGGCUUACCUGGAGGAGGUGCCCCACUCUGGAACUCCCCCCAGGCUCCCUCCCACCUUGACUCAGUAGUGAUAUCAGUAGAGGGAGAGUCAGACUUUCUGUACCUGUCCCCGAGAGUCCCAAUCUCAUGAACUGUGCCAUGAUGGGGGGUGGCAUUUGUAGUCCCUGCCUGGCAUAAAAGCAAGUAGAGGAGGGCAGCUCUCUGUUCAAACUCCUUGAAGUGUUUGGACCCCCAAGGAAAAAACCUGAUCCCCAGGAAAGAGGUUGGUUCAGAAAGACACUUACCCCGUGAGGGCCCCAGACAGAGAGGGUGGCCUGGUAACUGAGACCUGCCAGCAGGGUGGGGCAGGUGAAGACAUGCACUUUGCCCUCCUUCAGGGCAAGGCGCUCCUUGUCAGGCCCCACCCCCUGUGGGUGGCCACUCUUCUGCCUUCCUCCAGAACUUUGGCAACUGCCAACCCUUCCUCAGAGCCUUGUUGAUCCCUGCAGGUAGGCACGUAACUCACCACGAGGGGGCGCACAACUCAUGUCAGGAGAUGCGAAAGGGUCAGAUCAGGGCAGUUUCCAUGUUUGAGAGAUGCAGGCGCUUCAGCCUCCUCCUCUGUAGAGUUAGCAACGGGUACCUUGAAUGGCAUCAUCCAGACAGGAAACACCAGCAGGAAACAGAAGGGGAAAGUUUACCCACCCUGUCAAGUUACUCAUAACAUCUUGAUUUUCCAUCCUUCUAAGCAAUCCUGCUCUCUAUUCCUCCAAUAUCCCCAACAUUCUGAUCCUUGAGUGUGAGUUGGUCUGCUGUGCACAGGGCAGUUAUGGUCUGGGCAUCCUGUGAUCAGGGGGAACCGCCUGACAUUAGAGGUAUUAAAGAGAAUGUUCCCUUUAGAGAAGCCUUGAGCAAGGUCAUGCCUUGGGAACUGGGUCCUCAACUCAGCCCUAAACAGGAAAUACUUCCUCCAGGACACCCUCUGCAGCCAUGACCCCUGGUUGUCCUGGAUCCCACUCAACCAGGUGUGCCUCCAGCAGCCCGCCUUAACAGUUUCUUUGGCUGAACCCCAGGUGAAGAGGAAGGAUUGAGCUCUAUCCCAAACUCUCCUUUUGCUGAGCAAAUGUACCACAUGUGUUUUGGGAGGCUGCGUGGUGCCCAAACAGGACCUCCACUCUCAGGGGCCUCCAGGAUCACAGGGAUGAAACACUGACAGUCCCCUGGCAGGGGCCCAAGGGCAGUGGGGCACAGACACCCUUCAGGCGCAGUCACCUGAAAGGGCUUCCACAGAAGCUUGCCCAAAACAAAUCCUCUAGGCUGGCAGGAGUCCCUCAGGAAAAGGACUAAUAUUCACCAGGCAUUAUUUUUACUAUUUGUUUUGAAACAAUUUCAAACUGCUCUUUACAGUCCAAAAAAGGUUGUUGUUGUUUUUUUUAACCUUUUAAGGUUAAAAAAAAUUGAAUGUGGUAUCAAACAUAGUGCCCAGUUGUCCCAUUCUUCUGGUUUCUCUCCACUUAAAAUAAUUUGCAGACUCUUUGCGUUACAUGACUUCGAAGUUGCUGAAGAUUACAGGGAAGUUACUUUGUAAACUGUCCUUCUGUUUGGGUUUGUCCAAUCUUUCCUCCUGAUUAGACGGCCAUUAUGCAUUUUGGGCAGAAAUAUCACAGAAAUGCUGUUGUAAUCUCAUAUGAAUGUGAACGACGACUGAUAGUAUUAAUGUCAAUCACUUGAUCAUGAAGCAUGAAGGAGCACAGGUAUUUUGAUACUAGGAAAUCACCUUAUCCAUGGUUUGACAUCCAUUGAUGCUCCUUGUCCCAAUUAGUUAUCAUUACUACCAUGGCUCAGAGUUUCAUUUCUUCUGGUUGGCAUUCUGUUAUAAAGAAGAACCCUCUCUUUGCUGUUCAUUUACUCAUAUGUAUGUCAGAGGGGCUCAUGAUUUUUUUUAUUCAAUGGAUGGUCACCCAUUCCUAUUUAUUUUCAUGUUCACAUUCCUCCAGGCUUGAUCAGAA